CCAAAGUCUGCCUCGCCCGGCCAGAGCGGCCCCGGCGGCUGUCCUCCCGAGAGCUCCGUUGGCUGAAGAACAACAUCAGCACAUCUGCUCUCCAGGCGUCAUGAGGCCCCUGCUUCGGGGUCCGGCGAUGAACGACGAGGAGGAGAACUCGGACAGCACCCCGCUCCUGCCGAGCGCCCGGCAGGCCGAAGCGGCUCCAGCAUGCUGUUCUGCUCGUUACAACUUAGCGGUUCUGGCCUUCUUUGGUUUUUUCGUUCUUUAUUCGUUACGUGUGAACCUGAGUGUUGCGUUGGUGGACAUGGUAGAUUCAAAUACAACUCUGACCGAUAAUAGAACUUCCAAGGAGUGUCCAGAACAUUCUGCUCCCAUAAAAGUUCACCACAAUCAUACAGGUAAAAAGUACCAGUGGGAUGCAGAAACUCAAGGAUGGAUUCUUGGCUCCUUUUUUUACGGCUACAUCAUCACACAGAUUCCUGGGGGGUACAUGGCCAGCAGGAUUGGAGGCAAGCUGCUGCUGGGCCUUGGCAUCCUGGGCACUGCUGUCUUGACCCUGUUCACACCCAUGGCUGCAGACUUGGGAGUGGUGCCCCUCAUUGUGCUAAGAGCCCUGGAAGGAUUAGGAGAGGGUGUUACGUUUCCAGCUAUGCAUGCCAUGUGGUCUUCCUGGGCUCCCCCUCUUGAAAGAAGCAAGCUGCUUACCAUUUCCUACGCAGGAGCACAGCUUGGGACAGUAAUCUCACUUCCUCUCUCUGGAAUAAUUUGCUACUAUAUGGAUUGGACUUAUGUCUUCUAUCUUUUUGGUAUAAUUGGAAUAGUUUGGUUUAUUUUAUGGAUGUGGCUAGUUAGUGAUACACCAGAAACUCACAAGACAAUCUCCCAUUAUGAAAAAGAAUACAUUGUGUCAUCGUUAAAAAAUCAGCUUUCUUCCCAGAAGGUGGUGCCAUGGGUGUCCAUCUUGAAGUCACUACCACUUUGGGCGAUUGUCAUUGCACAUUUUUCCUACAACUGGACCUUUUAUACGUUACUGACAUUAUUGCCCACUUAUAUGAAAGAAAUCCUAAGGUUCAACGUUCAAGAGAAUGGGAUUUUAUCUGCAUUGCCUUAUUUUGGCUGUUGGAUAUGCAUGAUUCUCUGUGGCCAAGCUGCUGAUUACUUAAGGGUCAAGUGGAACUUUUCAACUAUAAGUGUUCGGAGAAUUUUUACUGUUGUGGGAAUGGUCGGCCCUGCGGUUUUCCUGGUCGCUGCUGGAUUUAUCGGCUGUGACUAUUCUUUGGCUGUUGCAUUCCUGACCAUAUCCACGACGCUAGGAGGCUUUGCCUCUUCUGGGUUUAGCAUCAACCAUCUGGAUAUAGCUCCUUCGUAUGCUGGUAUCCUCCUGGGCAUCACAAACACAUUUGCCACUAUUCCAGGAAUGAUUGGGCCCAUCAUUGCUAAAACCCUGACCCCUGAUAACACUAUCAGAGAAUGGCAGACUGUGUUCUGUAUCGCUGCUGCUAUUAACGUGUUUGGUGCCGUUUUCUUCAUGCUUUUUGCCAAAGGGGAGGUGCAGAAUUGGGCUCUCAGUGACCACCACGGACACAGAAACUGAAGACGACAACAAAUAACAACUAGUGUACUUUUAUUUAUCAUGUAAACUGAAAGUGCCUUUGGUAUUUUAACGUGUAAGCAUUCUAUGUGAGAAAAAUAGUACUUGUAUUCCAUUUUUAAGGUAAUCAUGAAAUGUUACGAGUUGCGAGAUUAUUUAAAAUGAGCUGUUUUUAAUUAUUAAUAAUGUAUCUGCCAGACUUUAUAUUGGGGUUCACAUACCCAGCUGCACGUUAGGCAGCAUGGUAUAAGGGAGGGUUUAAGACAGUGUUUCUCGGCUGGUCAGUGGUGGCGCACGCCUUUAAUCCCAGGUAGGUGGAUCUCUGAGUUCGAGGCCAGCCUGGUCUACAGAGUGAGUUCCAGGACAGCCAGGGCAACAACAACAACAACAAAAGACAAGGUUCUCAACUUGUGGCUCAUGACCCCUUUAGGAGUCAAAUGACCCUUUCACAGGAGUCACCUAAGGCCAUCAGAAAACACAUUUACAUUAUGCCUCAUAACAGUAGCAAAAUUAUAGUUAUGAAGUAGCAGUAUAUCAAUUUUAUGGUUGGUCACCACAACAUGAGGAACUGUAUUAGAGGGUCAUAGCGUUAGGAAGGUUGAGAACCACUGGCUUAAGAAAUGAAGCUGAAAUGGACCCUCCCUCACUAGUACACUUGUUUAGUUAAAUUAGAUAAUCAUCUCAGAUCUUGUUGGAUGCCUGUUUUUGUCUACUGCCCUCAUAAAAAUUGUUGCCAGCUCUCCCUAACACAUAGAUCUCAUUAACAUCUCCAUAAAGCCACCAGCCCCUGUAAGCCUUGGCCUGGCAGCUGGACCAAGGGAUCCAUGCCCAGGCAGCUGCCAAGCAUUCCCUCCCUGGCUUCGGGGCUGGAAUGCCCAGCAGUUAUCAGAGGCGGCUUCCAAGGGCCGGGUCAAUGCCAAGUGUCUGGCCGGCACUCCUUCCCCCUGGCUGUUAACGUGUAGAUAAAGCCCUAAGUGGACCCCAGCAGUCGGAUCCACAGCUACUGUCCUAACACUGCCAGCCUGCCCUUGCCAGCACCCAGGCCUGAUUACCGGCAGGUGACUUACAAAGCAAAGUGGGAUGCCCAGCCAGUCGCAGAUAACAUCAUCCUUGAUUAAAAUGACUUGCACACGAAUCAGAGCAUAAAUGUUUACAUUCAGUUUUUCUAGCUACAUUAGAAUUUUUUUUUAAAUGCUUUACAUUUUUUUCUUCAGUCUGUCUUGAUUUAUGCUUCUGGUUACACUUUAAAGUGACUUUCAGGGCUGGGGGUUUGGCUCAGUGGUAAAGCACAUACCUAGGACUCUGUUCCAUCCAACAGCAAAACAGAGCUAAAGGGCACCCGAAGCUGGGGAAUCCCCUUUGCCAUGCUUCCUGAAGUCAGCUUCCGGCAGCUUCUCCUGACCAGUGUCUGCUGGUUGUUGGGCAUACUGUAAGAGCACCUAAGGAUUGAAAGCCUGCCUUACCUACUGUUGUAUCCGUUCAGCGCUUAUCUGUAACAUUUUAAUGAACUUGGUUAAUAGAACAUGUUGUAAAUACAUUUAUAUAAAUUUAUUUUUAAAUUUGUAAAUAUAGGUUAAGUUGCCAUGUGACAUUUCUUUUAUAAAUCAUCAAAAUAAAUCCUUUUGCAUUAA